AUGGUCUUACUCUUAACAAUCGGUGAUCUUCAUAUACCACUUAGAACUCAUGAUUUACCUUUAAAAUUUAAAAAGUUAUUGGUGCCAGGUAAGAUUGGUCAAAUAGUUUGUACUGGUAAUGUUUGUGAUAGAGAAACUUGGGAAUAUCUACGUUCGAUUGCACCUGAUGUUAGAGGUGUAAGAGGUGAUUUUGAUGAGACACCUAAUCUACCACCUUCUCUUACUCUACAACAUGGAUCACUCAGAAUCGGUGUUCUACAUGGUCAUCAAAUCGUUCCUUUGGGUGAUACCGAAUCUUUGGCGGCUGCUGCUAGAAAGUUAGAUGUGGAUGUCUUAGUCACAGGUGCGACUCAUAGAUUUGAAGCAUUCGAAUUCGAAUCCAAGUUUUUCAUCAACCCAGGAAGUGCUACUGGAGCCUUUACACCCAUGUGGCCCAUCAAUCCACCUCUUAGACCUUCAAAUACAAAUCAAUCAUCACUCAAAUCACCUGUACCUAAUUCAACACAACUUAAUCCAUCUAUCCCCAAUGAAAAGAGUCCCAACGAAACAUCUACACCUACUUCACCCAAACCAUCAAGUUUGAAUCAAACCCCUUCAAAUGAAUCUCAAAAACCAAGUAGUCCUCAAAAAUCAGAUGAAAUACGAAACGAUGAAACCGUCGGCAAGGAAUCUAAAGAAUCUGCUCAAGAAAUCGAUGGAUCUGGAAAUCCUUUGAAUAAAGAACCACCACUUUCAGAAGAAGAGUCAACUGCUUUACUUUAUCCUCCAGGUCCGAUUCCUAGUUUUGCUUUACUUGAUAUUCAAGGAUCGGUAGUGGUGACAUAUGUCUAUCGUUUAAUAGACGGUGAAGUCAAAGUUGAAAAGAUUGAAUAUCGUAAAGAAAUGCCCAAUGCAUAAAUUAAUACGAAGCCACGCGUCGUACUAUGCGCUUUUAAUUCGACAAUGUAUUCACAAUCAACUCAUGAUAGUUUUCUUCUUUGAUUUACUUUGUUUUGUCUCCUUCCUUCUUCGAUAUUCAAAGAUCUCUCUUCUUUCCUUCACCACCAAAGUGACAUGAAUUUUGCUUAAUCUAUCUUUUGAUUCAUGUUGUGACUGCUUUGAAAUGAACGCGUAUUUGUACUUUGAAGU